UCAAGCGUACCUGAGCGUACCCGGGUCUGUUCAAGCGUACCUGAGCAUACCCGAGUCUGUUCUAGCGUACCCGAGCGUACCCGAGUCUGUUCAAGCGUACCUGAGUGUACCCAAGUCUGUACAAGCGUACCUGAGCAUACCUGAGUCUGUUCAAGCGUACCUGAGCAUACCCGAGUCUGUUCAAGCGUACCUGAGCAUACCCGAGUCUGUUCAAGCGUACCUGAGCGUACCCAAGUCUGUUCAAGCGUACCCGAGUGUACCCAAGUCUGUUCAAGCAUACCUGAGUGUAUCCGAGUGUACCUGAGUCUGUUCAAGCGUACCUGAGCGAACCUGAGUCUGUACAAGCAUACCCGAGUCUGUUCAAGCGUACCCGAGUGUACCUGAGUCUGUUCAAGCGUACCCAAGUGUACCCAAGUCUGUUCAAGCGUACCCGAGAGUACGCGAGUGUAUCCGAGUCUGUUCAAGCGUACUCAAGCGUACCCGAGUCUGUUCAAGCGUACCCGAGUCUGUUCAAGCGUACCCGAGUCUGUUCAAGCGUACCCGAGUGUACCCAAUAGUGUCUGAGUGUGUUCAAGCGUACCUAAGCAGAUAACUUCCACUGACGGAGCGCCUGACUUCUGAAAAGAGAAAAAUUCCUGACUUUCUUUAAAAAUAAACAAUCCUAACCAGAAGACAGUGAACGCAGCACAGAUGAGUUGUGUUUGUUACAGAGAGGUGCAAAAGGCAGUGAACGCUGCACAGAGUCUUUUUCGCCGAUGGAGCGAGCUGCUGCAGGAGGGGGGCGGAGCCUCCAAGGAGGAAAUGGACUGGACGACCAAUGAGCUGCGGAACAGUCUGCGGUCCAUCGAGUGGGACCUGGAGGACUUGGACGAGACCAUCAGCAUCGUGGAGUCCAACCCCAAGAAGUUUAAUCUGGACGCUGCCGAGCUGACGAAGAGGAAGGCCUUCAUUACCGCCACCAGGCACGCCGUCAAGGAAAUGAAAGACCAGAUGUUGAGUACAACGGCUGCCUCAGUGGACAGAAAGAACAAACAGGCUCUGCUCGGUGAACGUAGUGCUCAGGGUCCGAUCUGGCAGCCUGGUCUUGAUAAAUACAGCCGACUGGACCGCCAGUUGCAGAACGCCAACUCGCAGUUUAUCGAGGAGCAGCAGGCACAGCAGCAGCUGAUAGCGGAGCAGCAGGAUGAACAGCUGGAGCUCGUUUCGGGAACAAUCGGAGUCCUGAAGAACAUGUCGGAGAGGAUCGGCAUGGAGCUGGAUGAACAGGCCGUGAUGUUGGAUGACUUUACUCAUGAGGUGGACAACACUCAGUCCAGACUGGACAAUGUCAUGAAAAAACUGGCCAAAGUGUCUCACAUGACCAGCGGUAAACUACCCAGCAACACGCGAUGUUAUCCAGAACAUUUCUGCUGCAGCAGUGCUUGUUAGAAAUAAAAAGAUAAUAAACGGUCAGAUUUGAGGUUUUUU